UGUUUCGGUCGAGGAGCCGUCGCCGCCAUUUCAAGACAGUGCGAGGUAGAUGUCUAACAAGAGUUCUUAAGAUUCUAGUUCAGUAUAUUCUGCCACCCCCUAAGCCUUCCAAAACACUGAUUUGGCUGCUGCCCUUUUUCUGCUACCUCUAGAAACAUUCUUGUUAGUAGUGGCGGCAGUAGAAGUCAAUUAUCCCCUUGUUCUAUCUCAAGAAGCUCCAGAUGGCGUCUUCCGUGGGCAACGUGGCCGACAGCACAGGGUUAGCUGAGUUGGCACAUCGGGAAUAUCAGGCAGGAGACUUUGAGGCAGCUGAGAGACACUGCAUGCAGCUCUGGAGACAAGAGCCUGACAAUACUGGUGUUCUUUUAUUACUUUCAUCUAUACAUUUCCAGUGUCGAAGGCUGGACAGAUCUGCUCACUUUAGCACCUUGGCAAUUAAACAGAAUCCCCUUCUAGCAGAAGCCUAUUCGAAUUUGGGAAAUGUAUACAAGGAAAGAGGGCAAUUGCAGGAAGCAAGAUAUUAUCGACAUGCUUUCUGCGGCUCAAGCCUGAUUUUCAUUGAUAGUUAUAUUAACCUGGCAGGCCUGGUAGCAGCAGGUGACAUGGAGGGAGCAGUGCAAGCAUACGUCUCUGCUCUUCAGUACAAUCCUGAUUUGUACUGUGUUCGCAGUGACCUGGGGAACCUGCUCAAAGCCCUGGGUCGCUUGGAAGAAGCCAAGGCAUGUUAUUUGAAAGCAAUUGAGACGCAACCAAACUUUGCUGUAGCCUGGAGUAAUCUCGGCUGUGUUUUCAAUGCACAAGGGGAGAUUUGGCUGGCAAUUCAUCACUUUGAAAAGGCUGUCACCCUUGACCCAAAUUUUCUGGAUGCUUAUAUCAAUUUAGGAAAUGUUUUGAAAGAGGCACGGAUUUUUGACAGAGCUGUGGCAGCUUAUCUUCGUGCCUUAAGUUUGAGCCCAAAUCAUGCGGUGGUGCACGGCAACCUGGCUUGUGUGUACUAUGAGCAAGGCCUUAUAGACCUGGCCAUUGAUACCUACAGGCGAGCUAUAGAACUGCAGCCACAUUUCCCUGAUGCAUACUGCAACCUAGCAAAUGCUCUCAAAGAGAAGGGCAGUGUUGCUGAAGCAGAAGAUUGUUAUAACACAGCUCUUCGUCUGUGUCCUACCCAUGCAGACUCUUUGAAUAACCUUGCCAACAUCAAACGGGAACAGGGCAAUAUUGAAGAGGCAGUUCGCCUGUAUCGCAAAGCAUUAGAGGUCUUCCCAGAGUUUGCUGCUGCACAUUCCAAUUUAGCAAGUGUACUGCAACAGCAGGGCAAGCUGCAGGAAGCACUGAUGCACUAUAAGGAAGCCAUAAGAAUCAGUCCUACAUUUGCUGAUGCUUAUUCCAAUAUGGGAAACACUUUAAAGGAGAUGCAGGAUGUUCAGGGAGCUUUGCAGUGUUAUACUCGUGCCAUCCAGAUUAAUCCUGCCUUCGCAGAUGCACACAGCAAUCUGGCUUCCAUUCACAAGGAUUCAGGGAAUAUUCCAGAAGCAAUAGCUUCCUACCGCACAGCUCUGAAACUUAAGCCUGACUUUCCUGAUGCUUAUUGUAACUUGGCUCAUUGCCUACAGAUUGUCUGUGAUUGGACAGACUAUGAUGAGCGGAUGAAGAAAUUGGUUAGUAUUGUAGCUGAGCAGCUAGAGAAGAAUAGGCUGCCUUCUGUCCAUCCUCAUCAUAGCAUGCUGUACCCUCUUUCCCAUGGCUUCAGGAAGGCCAUUGCAGAGAGGCAUGGGAAUCUCUGCUUGGAUAAGAUUAAUGUCCUUCAUAAACCACCAUAUGAGCAUCCAAAAGACUUGAAGCUCAGUGAUGGCCGAUUGCGUGUAGGCUAUGUGAGUUCUGACUUUGGGAAUCAUCCUACUUCACACCUUAUGCAGUCUAUUCCAGGCAUGCACAACCCUGAUAAGUUUGAGGUAUUCUGCUAUGCCUUGAGCCCGGAUGACGGUACAAACUUCCGAGUGAAGGUGAUGGCGGAAGCCAAUCACUUCAUUGAUCUUUCUCAGAUUCCGUGCAAUGGAAAAGCAGCUGACCGCAUCCACCAAGAUGGAAUUCACAUCCUUGUCAAUAUGAAUGGGUACACCAAGGGUGCCCGAAAUGAGCUCUUUGCUCUCAGGCCAGCUCCUAUUCAGGCUAUGUGGCUGGGCUAUCCUGGGACUAGUGGCGCACUGUUCAUGGAUUACAUCAUCACUGAUCAGGAAACUUCCCCAGCUGAAGUUGCAGAGCAGUAUUCUGAAAAACUGGCUUAUAUGCCCCAUACGUUCUUUAUUGGUGAUCAUGCUAAUAUGUUCCCACACCUGAAGGUAGAAAAAGCAGUCAUCGAUUUUAAAUCUAGGCACAUUUAUGACAAUCUAAUAGUUUUGAAUGGCAUCGAUCUCAAAGCAUUUCUCGAUAGUCUACCCGAUGUGAAGAUCGUCAAGAUGAAAUGUCCUGAUGGAGGUGACAAUGCAGACACCACUAACACAGCUCUUAACAUGCCCGUUAUUCCCAUGAAUACGAUUGCAGAAGCAGUAAUUGAAAUGAUUAACAGAGGGCAGAUUCAGAUAACAAUUAAUGGAUUCAGUAUUAGCAAUGGACUGGCUACUACACAGAUCAAUAACAAGGCUGCAACUGGAGAGGAAGUUCCCCGUACCAUUAUUGUAACCACCCGUUCCCAGUAUGGGCUACCAGAAGAUGCCAUUGUGUACUGUAACUUUAAUCAGUUAUAUAAAAUUGACCCUUCUACCUUGCAGAUGUGGGCAAAUAUUCUGAAACGUGUGCUCAUAGCUUGCUUUGGCUGUUGCGCUUUUCCAGCAGUAGGAGAGCCCAAUAUUCAACAAUAUGCACAAAAUGGCCUUCCCCAGAACUGUAUCAUUUUUUCACCUGUGGCUCCUAAAGAGGAGCAUGUCAGAGAGGUCAGCUGGCUGAUGUCUGCCUGAUACUCCUUUUUGUGUAAUGGACACACCACAGGGAUGGAUGUUCUCUGGGCAGGAACACCCAUGGUGACUAUGCCAGGAGAGACUCUUGCCUCUCGAGUUGCAGCUUCUCAGCUCACUUGUCUAGGAUGUCUUGAGCUCAUUGCUAAAAGCAGACAGGAAUAUGAAGACAUAGCUGUAAAACUGGGGACCGAUCUAGAAUACCUGAAGAAAAUUCGUGGCAAAGUCUGGAAACAGAGAAUAUCUAGCCCUCUGUUCAACACCAAACAAUACACAAUGGAAUUAGAGCGGCUGUAUCUGCAGAUGUGGGAGCAUUAUGCAGCUGGCAACAAACCUGACCACAUGAUUAAGCCUGUUGAAGUCACUGAGUCAGCCUGAAUAAAGACUGCGCACAGGAGAAUUGCCCCUAUACCUGAGCCUCAACCUUCUGGGGGAAAGGGAACUAGAUAACAUGCUUUAUGCUUA